CCACUGCUUUACCCAAAAUAUAUUUAAUCAGUUUGGUUUCAUAUUAGGUUAAUCAAAUCAGGAAAUGUAGUUUUGUGAAAAACAUUCUUGCCCAGGAACUUUAAAGACACAGAAUUUUUAUUUGUAAAUCAGUUGUCUCUUAGCCUAAAAGGGAGAAACAGACAAAUGCUAAAAUAAUUCAUUUUUUAGAGAUGUAUAUUUUAUACAAAUGUAUAAAUGUACAAAAGCCAAAAAAGCGAACACAUUUGCAGUACCCUCCUUCCCUGUUUUAAUAUGAGCAGCCUUAGCAGCACUUCAUAAUCAACAGUCUUAACUCUGACGGAGGAGAUGCAGAUUAAAGCCACAGCUGCUAAGCUACGUGUGAGUUUGACUUGUGACAGUAAGCUGUAGCUACAACACGUCAGGCCACUGCAGGACAAGAGGAUAUUGAGGUUAAUCCCAUCAGGAUACCGCCGAUUACAGCCCCUCUAAAUGAAGAUGGACGUCUAGGGUGCAAAUGCUCGAUUAUUAAAUGUUCUCUCUGUCAUCUGGUCACAGCAAGAAUGAAGUUUGUGGAUUAUUGUGAGGUCCAUCACCAGUCCUGAAAUGAGAUUCAACAAUGGCAGAUGAGGAACAAAAGACACUAUUACAUCAAGUAUCUUGUACAAGGCAAAAGAAAUAAAAGAGUAAACCACAGAUCACACAAUUUUCAGUCGCUUAGAAUAAAGAAAAUGCUCAUUUUUAAUCCAUUUUAAAGGUUUUGUGGCAAUUUUAGUCAGUUUAAUGUUUGCUGUGCAUCCAGACUCUACAGAAGAUGCCAAAAACACAGUUCUAUUCAAGGUGGGAACUCCGAUCAAAAGAUGUUUUAGCUAUUUGAUAUGCAACAAAGCAAUCCUUUUGAAGUUUUGUUCACAUAAACACAUUUUCACGCCUUAUUAAACUCAGUGAUUAAGGAUUUGCAGCUUUCACUUAGUAAACAGGAUCAUUUUUUGGAGAUGAGAUGAACUUGUAGGUAGAAAAGCAACAAUUGUUCGUUUUUAGUUAAGAACAAUGGAUUUCCAAUAUUCAUUAGCUUCGUUUUAUUCCCGUGUUCUCAUAUAUUUUUGUUUAUGCUCUGCAACUGGCUGGCUCCGGACCCAAACUUUGUUUUACCCUGUAGUGAAAUGACGAUAAAGAAUCCUAAAACCCUUAAAUCCUUGAAUCUUUGAAUGGGAUGAUAACUGGCUAAACCUAACCAGGAUACCAAAGUCCUCUCAAAAAAAGACAUCAUACCCACAGAUUUGAAUCAAAUUAAGUGGAUUAUAUUGAAAUGAUCUUAUGAUCCCCCCAAAAAUCUACACUUGAUUAUUUAUUAGAUGCCUGAGAUUAAAAGUUACAUGCAGGACACUGAAACUUUCCAUCAGGAAUCAUUACAGUCGGAAGUGUCUUAAUCUGUGGAAGCUGACAUCAAAUUCAUUCAGUUAGGAUUACAGGAGUUUAUCCGGACUUGAAAAGUCGAUCAAGUUACCCAGCAUUAUCAGGUGUUAAGAUAAAUUACUGGCCUCUUAAUUUCCGUACGGCCUCACAAUCCUGCCAACAUAAUCCGUUUUAGCUAUUAAGCAAUAAGGAGAGAGGGAAGGUAUAAAAAUCACAAGGCUAAGCUCUGAGCUGCAUGUUCCGAAACUGUCCCGGAUCCUCCGCUUCAAGAGAGUCCAAGGGAGCAUCAAAAAUGGGUUGGGAGCCUAAUGGCACUGAAGGACAAAACUUCUACAUCCCAAUGUCCAACCGGACGGGGGUUGUCAGAAGCCCCUUUGAAUACCCUCAGUACUACAUGGUCGACCCAAUAAUGUACAAGAUUCUGGCUUUCUACAUGUUCUUCCUGAUCUGCACUGGAACUCCCAUCAACGGCUUGACGUUGUACGUAACAGCGACCAACAAGAAGCUUCAGCAACCUCUCAACUUCAUCCUGGUGAACCUGGCGGUGGCCGGACUCAUCAUGUGCGCCUUUGGCUUCACCAUCACCAUCACAUCAAGCUUCUAUGGCUAUUUUGUUCUAGGACCCACCUUCUGUGCCAUUGAGGGAUUUAUGGCCACACUUGGAGGUGAAGUUGCUCUCUGGUCUCUGGUUGUCCUGGCUGUUGAGAGAUAUAUUGUUGUCUGCAAACCCAUGGGGAGCUUCAAAUUCUCAGGAACUCACGCCGGAGCUGGAGUCCUUCUGACCUGGGUAAUGGCUCUGGCUUGUGCUGCUCCUCCACUUUGCGGCUGGUCCAGGUACAUCCCUGAAGGCAUGCAAUGCUCCUGUGGACCCGACUACUACACUCUGGCUCCUGGCUUCAACAAUGAGUCAUACGUCAUAUAUAUGUUUGUUGUGCACUUCUUCGUCCCAGUCUUCCUCAUUUUCUUCACUUAUGGAAGUCUGGUGUUGACUGUCAAAGCUGCAGCAGCGCAGCAGCAGGACUCAGCUUCUACCCAGAAGGCUGAGAAGGAGGUAACACGUAUGUGCCUGUUGAUGGUCUUUGGCUUCCUGGUAGCUUGGGUUCCGUACGCCAGCUUUGCUGGCUGGAUUUUCCUGAAUAAAGGAGCUUCCUUCACUGCCCUGACUGCCUCCAUCCCUGCUUUCUUUGCUAAGAGCUCAGCAUUGUACAAUGCUGUUAUCUACGUGCUGCUGAACAAACAGUUCCGUAACUGCAUGCUGGCUGCCAUUGGAAUGGGAGGCUUGGUGGAGGAUGAGACCUCAGUGUCAACAAGCAAGACAGAAGUCUCAACUGCAGCUUAAGGACCACAUGUCUUAAUUACAACAACCUCGUCGCUUUUGUGGACACUUUCAGUGAUUGCUUUCAGGUUUAAAGAAGCACGUUAAAAACCCAAAAAAAAGAAGGGGAAAAAAAGUCAUGAACUUUGCCAAAGCUUUGGUUUUGGAUUUGUCAACGUUGGACUCGCUAAGGAAUUCCAUCGGCAUACUUCCAAACACGCUGGAGUUAAUCUGCUUUGGAGAGUGUCUUGAAUAGUGCAUCUGAUGUGUGUUUGAGCCAGUGUGACUGAAUGAGCAGAUAGACGAGCUGAAGGUUCGCCGGUUUACCUGAUGCAGGAUUUUUAUGGAUUUGAAACUGUACGUCUUGUGGAGUAGACAAUAAAUGCAUGCAUAAAAGGAGAA